GCAGAGCAUAUAAUAUCAGUUGCUACAAGAUAUAAGAUGUGUCUCAUGUUUUAUCAAGAGGAUGUAAAUAUACCAAUAGAAGAUUGGCACAUAACUUGCCCUCACUUUGAAGAACCCAACUACGGAAAUUCUUCCGAUAUAUAAAGUUUCAGAAAUGGACAUAACGCAGAUUUCAUUUGCCGAAUUCCCAGAUCACUCCUCCAUCCUCUGCAAACAUUCAAUCAGCAAUUAGCUCAAAGCAGAGUCAAGUCUUAUCAUGGGCAUAGAAGGGGAGAAAGAUCCUUUGAAGGAUAUUGAAUGGAAAAGUAUUACUGAAGUAACUGAACCUUCAAAAACUGAUCCCAGCGCUAGAGCAACAGUGAAGAAGAGGCUUCCUAAGAAAAUAAGGCAAAUCCCAGAGAGCUAUUUUCUUCCAAGAAAAUCCAUACCAUCUGCUAUAGCUUUUUACGGUUCCUUUAUUGCUGCUGGAAUCGGUGCUGGGAUGCUCCUAGAAGUGUGGAUCAACAAGAAGGUCAAAGAGGAUGGAGGAGUGAUCUGGGAAUUCGGCAAAUGAAAUCUGCGUUAUAUCCAUUUCUGGAACUUUACAUAUCGGAAGAAUUUCCGUAGUUGGGUUCUUCAAAGUGAGGGCAAGUUAUGUGCCAAUCUUCUAUUGGUAUAUUUACAUCCUCUUGAUAAAACAUGAGACACAUCUUAUAUCUUGUAGCAACUGAUAUUAUAUGCUCUGCUUUAACUAUCUCUUACCCAACGUGGAGAAGUGUUCUAGCUUCAUAUGGAACCCAAU